UGAUAUGUUUAUGUUUACCUGCCAAUUGUAUGAAACGCACUCGUAUGAAAUAUAAGCAGCCGUUUCAAAACAAUGGUUCGUCACUUGACUGUAUCCAUAACUCAAAUGAAAUCCAAACAUAUCUGUGUGAAGAAUGAACACCCAGGGAGAUGUGGCAAAUGUGCUGCCGUCUCAGGAUUGUUCUGACCUUUUCCUAGAUGAGAAACUACAUUCCACUUAAAAUGUUUAUCGGUUGCAAGUCUAAUAUUAAACAGAGCUACAUGAGCUGCAAAAAUGACUGGAAAUAGCUUAAAUACAGCGGAAACUAAUCUUUUUCUUAAAAAUUCGGCAAAUGUUACCAGAUUACACACGCACAAAGUGACAUUUUAUUUUCCUAAAUCUUUUAAUGAGCCUUAACUAAUUCUCAACAAAAAUUCUCAAUUACUCGACAUAUAAGGGGACUCCGUCUGAAUUCAAGGGGACCCGACGUGGGGUCGCAACCCAAAGGUUGAAUGACACUUGUAAACCGUAUUUGUUUGUCAUCGUGUUAUUGACUUACUGAAUGUAAUUAAUUUCCAAUCAGAACUAGAACUAUUUGCUCUCACAAUAGUGCAGAGAAACAAUGAAUCAUAAGUGCUGACAAACAUCCUGUUCACUGUGCAGUAAAAUUAUGGGAACAGUUAAAUCCAGAACCAAGAGUGUUUUGUGUUGGUGCCAAUUAAUAAAUACAACACUUAAGCUGAGGUACAGGGAGGGUUCUUUCCCGUCUGAUGUCUGUUCUUUUGUUUAACAUCAAAUGUUUUUCCACAUUUGGGAUGUGCCCCAUACAGCAGGGAUAUACACUGUAGUGUGUGAGUCAGGAAAUCAAAGCUGAGAUGUGUUUAAAUAAGUGACUGAUGAAGCUUUCUGUUUCCUUUUUACAGCUUUUUUUUUUCUUUCUGACAUUUUCAUGACAUUUUGGCUGUGUUUUAAGUGGCCUAGAGUAAGAAGGCAAAGAGACCGGAGUUUCAACACACAUGGAAUAAUCAUUGUUGUUGUAAAAUCCACCACCCAAGAAUAACAAUAACAAGAAUUUCAUGAGUGGCGUUUAAUACCAUUUACAGUUACCGUUACAGGCUGUCCUGGUACGUCCCUGUCCGCGCCCAAGUGCAGGAAGAGGCACUUAAUGAUUACGACGUCCUUCCUCACCUCCAAUUGCAGGACUCUAAACUCUUUUGUCUGCUGCUCCUACAGUCGCCCUUUUUUUUUUUUUUUUACUCUGACUUCUAAUUGCAUUUCCUAACUGCCCCGUUUCCCCGACCCUGUCUUCUCUGUCUCAUGACAGUCAAGGGCUGGUGAAGACAUCUCGGGGGGGCCCACAGUAGGGGCCAAAGUAGGAGGAAAGGGUCUGGAAACAGCUGGAAGGCCAAACGCCCCCCAUCAGCAGGGGACCUUUUGUGUUUUAAUUCCUUCAGCUCGACGCAGACUUUUACCUUGACCUCUGUAAGUUAUGUAAAAGUAAACACAAGGUCAGUAUAAUAGCCUAAAGAGGAUGGGAUUCACUACAUAAACUUCAACAAUACCCCAAACAGACGUAGUAAAACAUUAUUUUAGGAAAAAUAGCGUGAGGUCUAUCGAUAAUGUAAAUGCCCAAGGCAACAAACCAUGAUUUACAACAAUUUCUUAAUCGCCCUACUGUAGGAUGUCUUAAAUUGUAGCUUUUCACACGUUGUGUUACAAUCAUUUAUGUACGUUCACGCCCAGUAGCAUUACAUUGGGGAAUUUACCAGCUGUUUAAGAGUCAGUUAAUCUAUAUUAUUGAUCAUCCAUCAGACGCUGAGAACCCAACAGCUGCCUCGCCACAGACAAGUGUAUUGACGGAGUUCCUGUUUAUCUGUUUUUACAGUAGACGCAGGUACUAAAGCUGAAGCCUCUGCAGUUAUUUAGAUUUGAUCCCUUAAUCCCCCUGAGCUCCAUCAGCCAUGACAGCUUUGAGCGUCACCACGAGGUGAAGGGACACGGGUGACUCAGCAGCAGGAUGUUCACUCUCUGGCCCCUGCCACAUUAUUAAUAAUGAAGAAUAAAGAUUAAUAAAUCAUAAAUUACAAAAAUAGGUUAUAAAUCAUCCUGAAGGUUAUCAGUUGUCUUACUGGUCAUGUUAGACUCCAGUGUUAACGGCAGCUUCUCUGCAGCUGUUAGUUGUGAGGUAUAAAUUUAGUAACUUCUAAGAACCUUUGAAUUGAUAUAAAAUACAACACACCAUUAUUACAUUUUUACAGCAACCAACCACAAGAGGCAAACAGACCAAUGUUCACAGCUUUAGGGGUUAAAACUCUACAACAGGGGGUGCUGCACCUGACACAGGUGAGCUUGAUUUGAAAAUAAUUGUACAUAUACAGGGCACACUUCUCUAUAAGCCGCAGGUGUCACUGUGUCAUUUACACAUAUAUUUUUUUUUUAGUUUUAAUUAAAUAAAUGUUGUUGUUUUUUCCGAACAGUGACUGUAACACGGCUGGUUACAUGUUAGCUCCUUCCUGCUUCGGCGCCCCGACCAUAGUUGGAAUGUACAGGGGAGACUUAAUGAUCUGCUCCAAGGGCGAAGCUAACAUUAGCUGUGGGGCUAACUCCCUUCACUUUGUGCUUGUCCGCAGCACAGGUAAACAGAAACAGGGAAGUUUGGGUCUUUAUUAUCAGCCACACGGAGCAAAACAGUAAAUAAACAGCGUUUUAACAACUCCUGUAUAACCAACUCACACUUCAACAUGACAGGGAUCAAAUUGCUAUCAACUUCCGCUUCCGUUCUUGCGCUCACGCACUCCCCACGCACAUACAGUAUACGCACACAGCCAUUCACAGACAGAUACGCUACUAGUAUAACACACAGUAGCCUACCAGAAACGUCAUUGAUCAGGAGCGGGAUGAACUUCGUUAGCUCGUAGAAAUCUAUAAAUUUACCGCAUCAUUGUUUAAGUCGCAGGGUUCAAAGCGUGUGAAAAAAGUAGCGAAUUAUAGUCCGGAAAUUACGGUAAUCACCAACAUCAUUUGUCAGACCUUAUAGCCAUUAUGCUUCAAAGUUUAAAUAUAUUUUCAAGCUAGCGUUAGCGUUAGCCUGCAAGAACAGUUGAUUAAAACAAUGACGAUGAUUUAACCAUCAGGUUUUAAAGUUUAAACAGGUUUAACUAUCUUUCUUGGGACCUCUGGUCUUGCCUUUACAGCAAGCUUCAUUUGUUUAAACCCACGUUUCCUACAGUUGGUGUGGAAUUACUACAGGUGCUCAUGUUUAUGGUUAUGUUCAUUGUCGAGGAUUAUGUAGGGUUGGGCCAAUUGUUCACUGUAAUUUGAAUAUAGGUAUGACUGCAAAUCGGUUUUUAGUCUUUCUGUGUCCCGGUAAUGUACUGUCCACUGUCCAGACUGUGCCUCAUCCUGCCAAGGUGACUGCUGGGAAUGGCUCCACCUCCUCUGCUACCCGGAAAAAGGUUAAGUAGCAGGAGAUAAAAUCUACAUUAUUGUCUUCUGAUAGUUUCUACCCUUUACCUGUCGUCUACCGCCAUCUAGUGACCAUAGCAGGAACUGUCAUACUGAAAUUAAAAACCAACGUUUCAUUAACUAUGAAUUAAAUUUCCUUUUAGAUCCAUUUCCUUCACAGGUCUGAAGGUUAUAGUUACCCAGUCUGUAGAUGUAUGUGGGCCACACGUGUUUACUUCAUCAGUUUUCAGUAAACAAUGUCAUUUUGUUUCUAAUGUUGUUUUCUAAUUUUGUUACACAGGACUGUAGGUAGAUGAGCAAUGUACAGGUGCCCCAGGAGGAUGUGACGUAUGUACAUGCCACGAGCUUAGACUAAACCUGUUCGAAGCUCUAAUAAUAAUAAUUAUUAUUAUCAUUACUAUUAUUGUUGUUGUUGUUGUUAGCUAUUUAUAUUCUCUGAGUUGUAUGAGGACCAUUUCUGCGUCUUACUUUUUUUUUAUGGUGAGCCGUUUCACCUGAAAUGUUUUUUAAGGGGGCUCCGUUUGAUUGGUUCCAUCGUAUGUUUUAGGAAACUUACGUAACUCUAACUGACGUGGCGUGAACGUGCACCUGACCUGUACAGAAACCUGUGGGCGUUGAGUGUGCGGUGUUUCCCUCCACUCUGUCGUCAUUGGCUAAUCAGUCACGACUGGUCUUGUGUGUGUUAGCGUGAAGAUGCCAUGAUCCUCCUCCACCUCCAUCUGCAGCACAGCUCGCAGUGCUUGUGCAGCAGCAUGCAGGUGGCAGUUGAUGCCGACACUACUGUAAACAGUAGCAGCAGCAGCACAGACGUCGACGACAGGGACGGGGCAAAGGAGAGGAUGGAGAGGACGGUGGCAAACGAACAGCAGCAGCAGCAUCACCACAGGACCAACACCAACCAGCAGCAGCAGACGUCCUCCACAGUUCUCGGUGUUUCAGGGUUUCACAGGCGAAUGAAGUGAAUGAUAAAUUAUUCGGCAAGCGCCUGCUCCAGGCCAGACACUACAUUAUGUCUCGAAAGUCCUGGUUGAAGAUGAUGCCAACCGAAAACUGUGACAUCAUGAUGACAUUUCCAGAUACCAUUGACGACCACACGAUGCUCUGGCUCCUGAAUCAGAUUCGAGUUGGAAUCCCUCAAGUCUCUAUUCAGAUUCGGCAGCACAAACACACCCAGGCUCACGCCUUCUUCAUCACCACCACUUUUGAGAACUUACUGCGAGGAGCAGAGCAGAUGGGCAUGCACAAGGCCGUCAAGCCUCACUUUGGUGGAGGGAUGCGACGCUUCUCCUGUGAGGAGGACAACAUUUAUGAGAACAUCGAGAGUGAACUGUGCUUCUUCACGUCACAGGAGCGCCAGAGCAUCAUUAGGUAUUGGCUGGACAAUCUGCGGGCCAAGCAGGGAGAGGUGCUUCACAACAUUCACUUCCUGGAAGGACAGCCAAUCAUUCCAGAGCUUGUUGCACGGGGGGUGAUCCACCAGUUGUUUCCUCUACAUGAGCAGAGGAUUCUCAACCAGCUGAUGACAUCCUGGGUCCAGGCCGUGUGUGAAAGUCAACCACUAGAUGAUAUCUGUGACUAUUUUGGAGUUAAGAUCAGCAUGUACUUUGCCUGGCUGGGUUUCUACACCAACUCCAUGCUUUAUCCUGCUGUCAUUGGCUUCCUGCUCUGGGUUCUUGCCGAAGCAGAUCAGACCAGUCAGGAUAUCUGCUGUGUGGUAUUUGCUCUGUUCAACGUGGUGUGGGCUACGUUGUUUCUGGAGCGUUGGAAAAGGCGAGAGGCAGAGCUGGCCUAUAGGUGGGGCACUUUAGACACUCCUGCUGAGUCCUUGGAGGAGCCCAGACCUCAGUUCAGGGGUGUCAAGCGUUUCAGUCCCAUCACAGGCUGUGAGGAGUUCUACUAUCCUCCGUGGAAGAGGGCCAUGUUCAGAUGGUUGGUCAGUCUGCCCAUCUGCCUCCUCUGCCUGUGCUUUGUCUUCAUCGCAAUGCUUCUCUGCCUGGAACUGCAAGAAGUGGUGAUGGAGAUCCAGGAGCUGCCUGGUAUCACACGUUUCAUUCCCAAGAUUCUCCUGGCCAUCACUGUAACCGUUUGUGAUGAAGUGUAUAAGAAAAUUGCCUACUGGCUCAAUGACAUGGAGAACUACAGACUUCAGAGUGCAUAUGAGAAUAACCUUAUUAUCAAAAUGGUUUUUUUUGAAUUCAUCAAUUCAUACCUGAGCCUUUUCUACAUUGGAUUCUACCUCAAGGAUAUGGAGCGACUGAAGGAGAUGCUGGCUACUCUGCUGAUCUUCCGCCAGUUCCUGCAGAACAUCAAAGAGGUUCUUCAGCCUUAUCUCUAUGAACAGAACAAGCUGGGGGUCUUCACCCCGAAGGUUUUUUGGGAGCUGCUUCAGGCCAUCAUGCUCAAAUAUGGUCGUCUGGCUUUGGGAAAGGCCCAGGCCUCAAUGACGGCCUACUCCUUCCUGUGUCCCAGAGGGAUCCCCGUCAGUGCUAACAGUAACCCAGAGCCAAAGAGAAGAGGGGAUCUGAAGGCUGGAUUCAGAUUCACAGAAGAAGAGUGGGACCUGAGCGACAGCGCUCUAAAACAUCGAAAAGUCAGUUUUACAGAGAAGGUGGACUACCAGGACGUCACAACAGAAGUACAGGCAGGAGAAGACAGCAGCCGGGAGGACAGUCCUACACUGGUUGAAGAUGGGAUGGAUCCGUCCAGUAUUUUUGACAGUUGUGACGAAGACAGCGAUUGCGAACUACUGUCUCAGGAGACAAAGCAGAACACAACAGUAUUGUCCGUGAAAGAGCCCGACUCCGUAUGUCAAAAAAGAAAGAACAUAUGUGAGGGCAAAGAGGACAAGAAGUCCUGGAUUGAUCCACCAGAGGAACCGAAAACUGUGACGCUGACCCAGGCUGAGAUUGAAAGCUGUAUGCAGACGUAUGAGGACACGCUUCAGGACUAUCAGGAGAUGUUCAUCCAGUUUGGCUACGUGGUGCUCUUCUCCUCUGCGUUUCCUCUGGCGGCCAUGUGUGCCCUUAUCAACAACAUCAUCGAGAUUCGCAGUGAUGCCCUGAAGCUCUGUACCAGCCUUCAGAGACCCUUCGGGCAGAGGGUCGAGAACAUCGGACAGUGGCAGACAGCCAUGGAGGCCAUGGGUUUGAUAGCCAUCAUAGUAAACUGUUACCUGAUUGGUCAGUGUGGACAGCUCCAGCGUCUGUUUCCCUGGUUGAGUCCUGAGAUGACCAUCGUCUCCAUUGUCCUGUUGGAGCACUUUGCGAUCCUUCUAAAGUACGUCAUCCAUGUUGCCAUCCCUGAUAUCCCAGGAUGGGUAGCAGAAGAGAUGGCCAAGCUAGAGUAUCGGCGAAGGGAAGCUUUCAAGAAGCACGAGCAGCAGGCCCAGCAACACUUCCAGCAGCAGCUUCGACGUCGCCGCGAAGAAGAGGAGCUUCAACGCCACGCGCAACUGCAGGCUGAGGCUCGCCAGGAGAGUGAAUAUCACAAGGCAGACACACAGCACCAGCAUCACCAUGACAAAACAACGGCGGGCAAAUCAGGAGACAAGCCCAAGAGACCCAGCUCUCUCCUGGGAAAUAACAAUGUAAUGAAGCUGAAGCAGAUUAUCCCUCUCCAGGGGAAGUUCUCCUCCGGCACCUCACGCUCUCCAGCCCAGUCCCCUACAGGAGGGGAGGCCAAGCUCCCAGGAUUCCUGAAGUUUUUAAAGUCACCCGAGGUUAAAAAAGAACCAGCAGUCGCUCCAGGCGCAGCUCCGGGAUUAAUAGUGACCUCAGCUCCACCUGGUGGACAGGAGAGGUCACAGUCUCCAAACAGAACAUUCAGUCCGGGGAAACUGUUCAGUUUCAGCAAGUCAGAAGGUACUGUUGUUUGUGCCAAUGGCACGCAGCCAGCAACGCAGGCUGCAGCCACUCAGCCCAACAGGUAUGACUUGAACACAACUCCGGAUGAAUUCUCUUCAUCCAACGAUUCCGACAGAGGAGACUCCAGACAGUUGACCGAGUCAGAAAACUCCGGCUCCAAAAGUUAGUAAACAAUCUUCCAUGACACAUGACACAGAAUAAUUAUGGGGAGCACUGUAACCAUGGUGAAACAUCAGCAUAGACUGUAUAUAAAAAUGGACUGAGCCAUCUCCAGCAUUCACUGAGGUUUUUUUAGCCUGUGGUCUGGAGGCAUAGAGUCAUGGCAGUAAAGGGAAGAGUUAGUGAAAACUGCUAAAAGGUCGUAUACAAAUUAGAAUAACAGUACUUAAUUAGCUGUUUGUACAAAUGUUUAUUUGAAAGAAAAAAUGGUCCCUCGUUUAUCCCAUUUACCUUUUGUAUUUAUUGUAAGUCUUGGUGAAAUCUAAAUCAAACGUAUCUUAGUCUUAUCAAAAGACUUUCAAUUCUAAUUGGUCAAAUAAGAGUACAUGGUAAAGGAGAGCAAACAUUACAUUGUUUAACGGAUGUCUUAUACACCUUUAUUGCCCUUUUUUCAUCAUAGAAUUUAGUCAAAAAGACAUCUUUUGAUGAAAACCUCUGUUGUCUUUCUUUCCCCUUAUAUUUUUGGGAGGGUUUCUGUGGGUCAUGCUCUGGAGUAUGGCAACUCUGUCCAUUUUUUUAUAUCCUCUCAAUAGACAGCUUUGGAAGACAAACUCACAGGUACUGUUAGCCACAAGGACCACGUCUAAAACCAGUGAUCUUUGUAUUUCACUCGAUGCAAUUUACUUUCCACACAAAGUAUUACACCGUAUCUACCACACGAUAAUCUAGCUUCCAGGUAACGUGUGUACAGUCAGUGUUUGAACGGAUCUGAGGAAAUGUUUAGUUAGGUUUCAAAUACAGCACGACUCUCUGUUUACAGAGCAGCUCAUGUUUGUUUGAAGCAACAUUUAAAAAAAAAAAA